AAACCAGAAAGAUGCUUGAGACCGUGAAGUACCUCAUCGGAGCGGUCGGCCCCAGCGGCUACGGCUCUAAGUCCACCGCCGAGGAAGUUACGGAAAGCUGCCCCGAUCUGCGCUCCGUAACCGCCAUCAUCACAGGCGCUACGUCGGGGAUCGGGGCGGAGACGGCUCGGGUCUUGGCCAUGCGAGGGGCGAGGCUGGUCCUCCCGGCUCGGAGCAUCAAGGCUGCGGAGGACACCAAGGCACGUAUCGUGGCCGAGUUUCCCGACUCCGAGAUCGUCGUCAUGCCGCUCGAUCUUAGCUCUCUCGGCUCCGUCCGAAACUUCGUUUCCGAGUUCGAGUCCCUCGGAUUGCCUCUCAAUCUCCUCAUAAACAACGCCGGCAAGUUUGCACAUGAGCAUGCAAUUUCCGAAGACGGAAUCGAAAUAUCCUUUGCUACUAAUCAUUUAGGCCAUUUUCUGUUGACGAAGCUGUUGCUGAACAGGAUGAUUGAAACGGCGAGGAACACCAGCAUCCAAGGCCGAAUAGUGAACGUGUCGUCGGGCAUUCACGGCUGGUUUUCCGGUGACACAAUCCGAUAUCUCGGUCUUAUAACCCGAAACAAAAGCCAUUACGAUCCAACACGUGCUUAUGCGCUUUCGAAGCUCGCCAACGUUCUGCACGCCAAGGAGCUUGCUCGGAGACUGAAGGAAAUGGAGGCCAACGUGACAGUGAAUUGUGUUCAUCCUGGAAUCGUGAGAACCAGACUCACUAGAGAACGUGAAGGCCUAGCCACAGAUUUGGCUUUCUUCUUUGCUUCUAAGCUCGUGAAGACAAUUCCUCAGGCUGCUGCUACCACUUGUUAUGUCGCGACUCAUCCGAGACUGUUAAAUGUGUCCGGAAAGUUCUUUUUAGAUUGCAACGAAGCUUCGCCGUCGAAAUUGGGAUCCAACUUAGCCGAAGCUGCACGGUUAUGGUCCGCUUCUGAAAUCAUGGUUUCAGGGGACCCAAAAGCAGUUUUUGAUCCGCUCACCACCUUAGUUUUUAAAAAAGAUAAAGUAGAUGAAUAUUAAGAAACGAGAAAGAAGAGACAGAUAAAAGAAAAUAGACACUAAAUCAUAAGAAAUACGUACGUUCUAUACCACUUCAAGUACUAUAGUAUAUAUAACUAGAUCGAUCAUGUGUAUGUAAGAUAUAUGGUCUUCUUAGCUAGGAUGAGGAUCCGGGCACUCCGAACUCGUAUCUCCUCCUCUCACUUUUUGUCCGAAUUUCAAGAAAUUCUCGGAAUCUUAAUCCGACUUCUUACUUCUUAGUUGGUAUAUGUAAAACAACUUGUUAGGUUUUUAAAACGAGUUUGGGUUAGAAUAUGAUGGUGUGAGACUAGAUUGCUAUAAUGAUAUAUACAAUGAUUAUAAUUAUGGGAUUAAAGUUAUGUUAAUGGGGUUUUGAUUGGAAAGGAAAGUGCUUGGGAACCCUAAGUUUGUACCAAUAACACAUAAAUAGGAGACAUGGACAAUGGUUUCUUUAGAGCAAAUAUAUUAGUAAAAAAAAAAAAAAAGUAUAAGUGGGCAAUUAAAAAAGAAAAAGAAAAUAAAAAAGAAAAAAUAAAAAUAAGAACAUGGGGUCGGUUAGUACCAUGUGGUGGUUGAUUUUUUGAAGAGUAUCUUUGGUGGUGUUGGUAUGGGGCCCUACUAACAUGGUGGAUUGGUGGGGGUGAGAAAGAGGCACGCGUUCAAGGAAAAUCAAGGGCCUUUGAUGUAAACCUCUCCUGCGUGAUACAUUGAUAUCAUCACAAAUUUUAUUAUAUUCAAUUUAAUUUUUUUUUUUAUUGGAAUUAGAAUUAUCGCCGGUUUAUUUCGGUGUAAAAUAUUUUUUUUAAAAAGCUUUUUUUUUGUUUUUUUUUUCUUUGAAUUUUUUAAGUUUUGCUCGAACUCGUACCUAGAAAGAUAGACUUCACAAGAGCUUCCUUAUAAUAUGGAUAAUCAAUUGCACCAAGUCUCGCUCACACUCUCAAAGACCUUUUAUUCUCAAAUACUCUCUUCUUCUGUAGUUUCUCUUUGUGGUCUCUCUCUCUUUCUUGUAGCUUUUUAGAUUAAAUGAAAAUACAAAAAGAUAUUUAGCAAUUUUUUACCAUGCAAGCCAAACACCGAAAAAAAAUGUUUUUCGAGCCACUUUUUAGGGUUGCAAACAAAUAGCGGAAAAUAUACACUUUUUAAGGAAAAUAUUGUAGUUGAAAACAAAAAGCAAGGCCUAAAGCAGUAAUUUGCUUCCCGUUUUCCUUGGCCAUGAACAUUGGUUGUACACUUAUUGCCCCUUUUAUUUGGGUUAUCAUGUUAUUGUAAAAUAUUUGUAAUAAAAGUUGUUGUAUUUCUAUCA